CGUCCUGCCUUUAAUUCGCACCACGCCCAGGCAAUUUUUUGAAGAUGACCUCAAUAUCUGCAGCUCAGUCCCAUCUCACUGAAAAUGAGAUUUGGUGGAGGGACCACUACAAUUUCCUCAACGAAAAGGGCUACAAGCUACGGAAUCGCUACAGUCCGGACUGGGUGCCCUCUUGGGCGAACACAAACAAAGCUUCCAUAAAUUGCGAGGAUGGAGUCAGGUCGCCGCACUAUCGCCUGCUGGAUGCACAGCGUACUCGUGAUGGCGUUCGUGUGUCACUGAAAUCUAUAGUCAUAUCGCGACACCCUUACGAGAUAGAGAUUGGUCGGUUUUUCUGUACCUCGCCUCUCAGCGAAGAUCCAGCCAACCAUUGCGUGCCAAUUUACGAUGUUCUGGAGGUGCCCACCAAUGGCGAUCUUGCAAUAAUUGUCAUGCCGUUACUUCGAGAUGCUACGGAACCCUAUUUUGACUCGGUCGGUGAAGUUGUAGAUUGCAUCCACCAGCUUUUUGAGGGGCUGCGCUUCAUGCACAGACAUCACGUCGCUCACCGGGACUGCAUGGAGCUGAAUAUACUGAUGGAUGGCAGCAUGUCCAUAGAUGCAUGGCAUCCAAGCGACCAGUAUAUGUCUGAAGACUACAAACGCGUGGCCAGGCAUCGUACACGCACACAGUCUCCUCCACGGUACUACUACAUAGACUUUGGUAUCUCCCGCAAAUAUGAGGCGUCAAACACCAACCCAUUAGAAGUACCCAUAUUCGGUGGGGAUAAAGAAGUGCCGGAAUUCAAGGAAGACAACUAUAAACCCCGGAACCCUUUCCAACUGACGUUUGAAAUAUUUCUUGAUCACUACUCAGGUGUAGAAUUUCUGAGUGAUUUAUUAUCGGACAUGAUGCACUUGGAUCCAGCACAACGUCCGAAUAUGGACGAAGUUUUUUCUCGAUUCCAAGUUCUGCGUCAGGGCAUCAGUAAAUGGAAAUUACGUUCCCGGGUGGCUCAUCAUGACGAUAGUUCUCUUUUUGAUCUUCUAGCCCACUGGGCACGUCGCAUUCAGUACAUAGUACGCAGGAUUCCACCAACCCAUACCUCGUUGUCAUAGAGUAGACUUUUUUGUAACUGGUCUCCUAUAAUGCACGAGUUUUCUGCCAUUAAACAGCUAUCUUCAUAUCGAUUGGCCAGAAUCUAGAAAUUUUACUUAGCCGCUUUCGUUUUCCAAG